CAUGCACUGAAAGUUGAUGUUUUGGUUCAUUCCGAUUCCGAUAAUAACAAUGUAAAAGGUGCAAAGUUCAUCCUAGAUCUUCAGUGAGACUGAAACUUGUACCAAAAUGAGCCAGCCACCAUUGAACCAGCUACGGCCACAAGUCAGACUGGACACCAAGUGGUUAAAGGCAGACUUGCAGUCUAUCUUCUCACGAGAAGGCCUCAGUCACCUCUGGAAUGAACUGGUCAAAGAUGGUGAGAUCUCAGCAAAUGUAAAUGAUGGCAUAAUUAAUGCUGCUGGAGUCUUGGCCAAGAAAGGUGAAACAGGGAAGUACUACUGUGCCAUGAGAGUGAUCAACUGCGCCUGCUGCAACGGCGUCUGUGGACCCAAUAACGGAUGUAACUGCAACCAUUGUCAGAGGCUGGACAGGGAAGCGCAGGAGCAGCAGAGAAGCGAAGAUAAUAUGCCCUUGUCGAGCAGCAAACUGAUGGAGUCUUGGACGUGGGGACAGCAGCCUUCGAUGAGUAAAUUGAAAGAGUGUCUGCAUUCCCUGAUCCACGAACAGCAACAGCUGUCAUCCGAUGCCGCCACGACCACGCUAUCUAACGUGCGAUUAGAACAACGACUGAUUGUGCUGGAGAGGUACUUCAGUGCGUUGGCCAACCAUGACCCCAUGGAGAAGAGGUCACCGACAAGGAAGAAGCAGGCCCAUAACAACAGCAAUAGUAAACAAAAAAGCUCUAUCAAACCAGCUGAGAAAGCUACAACAGGUUUGGCACGCGUCGGGUCACGUGCUGCGCUGAGUUUUGCCUUUGCCUUCCUGCGGCGGGCGUGGCGCUCAGGAGAAGACGCAGAUCUGUGCAGUGAGCUGUUGCAGGAAUCUCUGGAGGCGUUGCGAUCAUUACCCGAGGCUACGUUAUUUGAUGAAUCGUCUGUUUCCUCUGUCUGGCUCGAGGUUGUUGAGAGAGCUACGAAAUUCUUAAGGGAUUUAAAUGGUGGCGCCAGCUCCAAGAGCAGCCGAGUCCCAAUCCAGGAUCAGCAGACGGCACUGUGUCUUCUGCUUGAACUGGCAAUACAGCGCGGUUCUCUGACCCAUGUGCUCAACGCCGUCUUACUCUUGUUGAAUCUCUGGAACAACAGUCGAGACCAGUCGGACAACCGGGUCAGCAACAGCCUGAACUGUGCCCCGCUUGUCCCUUUGUUGCGGAGGUUUCAGGAAAUCAAAGGAUCAAAGUCGAAUAGGUUCGAGUCUGGCAAAUCUGAUGAGAUCAUCGGUGGUAUAAGCCCAACAGAGUGUUUCCUUCGCUACCUGUUCUUGCCCGAUGAUGAAGAGAUGCACGUUGAUCUUCGCCAGUGUGCCGUCGUCAUCAUGUCACAACUCGAUCGCCUUGCUCUGCCAUACAGUCCACCCACAGGAUCACAGAAGGUCCAGGGUUCGACCUUAUGUCAAGAGGUCCUUGGCUGGGGUUGGCUGAUGUGGUCAGGUGGCAGCGUGAACAGUGGCCCCAACCUCAUCGAGGUGUUGAGUGAGCUUGGCAGUAUCCAACAGAUCGCGUGCGCAGAGCAGUGUUUGCUCCUCCUGGCCAAGACGGGCAAACUGUAUACUAUGUACUAUAGCUCAGAGGCCCAAACUCCCCAGGUUGUUGAAGGAUUCGGUGACAAGGAAGUCGUGAAGGUAGCAGCCCAUCCCGAUGGCAAGCACUACCUGGCACUGACCAGUGACGGUGAUGUCUACUCCUGGGGCAGUGGAGUGGGGGGACGGCUCGGCCACGGUGACAGCUGCUUCAAGGAGAUACCUACCCUCAUAAACACCCUCUCAAACAAACAAGUCGUACACAUUGCUUGUGGGAGCAUGUAUAGCGCCGCCUUGACAUCAUCGGGAGACCUCUACACUUGGGGACGCGGUAACUUUGGAAAGUUAGGACACGGAAACAGUGAGGAUCAGACCGUCCCAACGCUCGUUGCAGCGCUUCAAGGUCACAGGGUCGUGGAUGUGGCGUGUGGGAGUGGUGAUGCACAGACUCUGGCAGUGACUGAAACAGGCGCUGUUUAUUCUUGGGGAGAUGGCGAUUAUGGUAAACUGGGCCGAGGUGGGUCGGAUGGAUCCAAGUCACCGAAGAUCGUUGAUAAGCUCCAAGGUCAGGUUGCGACCCGUGUUUACUGCGGAGCUCAAAUAAGCGUUGUGUUGAUGAAGUCUGGGGCUGUGUACACAUGGGGUAAAGGAGAAAACCAUCGUCUUGGACAUGGCGGUGAAGAACAUUUGCGUUAUCCAAAACAGCUGGAGACCCUCGCAAGCAAGAAAAUCAUUGAUGUAGCGAUAGGCGCCAUGCAUUGUGUGGCUGUGGCCGAGGACGGAGAGGUCUACAGCUGGGGUAGUAAUGAUCAGGGCCAGCAGGGGGACCCGUCGAUAAGCUUCCGAGCGGAGCCGGCACUGCUGACGUCACUGGAGGGGAAGAAUAUCAUUGGGAUUGCUUGUGGACCGGGACAGAGUUUUGUCUGGUCGGCCAGUGGCCAAUGGACUGUUGGAUCCCGCAUACCAUUUGUGGUGGAUGUCUGCAAAUCAACCUUCGAACAGCUUGAUGAGCUUCUGAGUGAGGUCUGCGAAGGGAUGGAUGGACGGAAUGACUGGCCCCCACCACAGGAGAAAGAGUGCAUGGCGGUGGCCGCGUUGAAUUUACUAAGCCUACAAUUAUUUGCUGCCAUCUCCCAAGGUGAGGACCCCGUGAACCUCGGCCUCGCCCCUGGUAGCCAACUGAUCUGCAGCCUGAAGCAGCGCGUGGUGGCCCUCGCCAGCAACAGCGGUGUGAUCUCCACGGUCCAGUCGGCUGCUCAAGCUGCCCUACAGAACGGCUGGUCACUGCUGCUGCCAACAGCUGAGGAGAGAGCAAGGGCUUUGUCAACACUAUUACCUACUGGAGGUCCACGAGACAUGAGCGUAUUGAGUCCAGGUCAGCGUUUCAUGACCGACCUCCUGGUCAGCAGUCUUAUGGCUGACGGAGGACUAGAGUCCGCAUUGGACAACGCUAUCAAGAAAGAGACACAGAAGAUUGAAGAUAUGAGUGAAAAAGAAACAAUCGAUGAAUCAAACGAGAGCGAGAAAGCCAGCAAGGCAACCAAUGCCGUGAAGUGUGAGCUGAGCGUCCUAGAGGAGACUUCGUCCAAGGAAGACUCUGAAAGUAGCGGCAUAUCUCUCCUCCAGCUAAUACAGCAGCUACUAAGAAAUGCCUCAACUCAGACGCAGAUGAAACUGAAUGAGCUAUCGUCUGACACACCGACCAAGACCGAGGAUAUCGAGAGAACAGAAGUGUCGGCAUCACUCGAUCUUUUGCUGAGGUUUCAGCGCCUCCUUGUUGCCAAGUUGUUUCCUAGUCAAGAUGUAAAGGAGGUUGCCAUGACUACUGAACCAGAUCCUGAGUUGUUGGGAGCUGGUUCCGUCCUAAGGAAAUACAUCCAACUUGUGUGCAACUAUGUCAACGACUUGCUUCCCAUGGCUGCUAGUUUGGCAGGAUUUGGCUCAAAGAACUUUGCGUCUGUCGCCAGGAUUAUAGAGGGCGACGUAUCGGGUGUCCUACUGCCUGAACUCGUGACAUGCCUCGUGCUGCUCCAGAUUCACACCCCAAUGGUCCUUGAUGCGACGGGUGACAUCAUGAUCUUGGAGGGGUUACUCGAUAUUCUGGAUAAAUUCAACAAACUUGCGCCAGGGUUACAGAAGGAAGACCAAGAGGAUUUGGCCUGGCCUGGAAUAUGGGGUAACCCAAUAGAGAAAUACACGCAAAAAGUCAACGAAGAUGUCCAAAUGAUUCGCAAAGCGGACCUCGAGAACCACAACAAAGAUGGCGGCCUCUGGAUCGUCGUUCACGGCAAGGUGUAUGACGUGCAAGACUUCAAGUGCCAGGCGCCGUGUGGAAGUGAGCGGCUUAUCAAGUACGCCGCCCAGGAUGCGACGGAGGCAUUCGACAUGGCGUACCACUCGGAAGAGGCGAUAGAAAUGAUGCAGGCUUUCUUUGUGGGGCAGUUUGUUGAUCCUGAUCAUGAUACAGUCCAAAUGGUGGACACCAGUACUGUCUCCUCCCCGCUGAUUGACACUGAGCGUACCCUGGCCUUGCUGCUAGGCCUCCACGCCUACAGCCAGGCAAGGAGCACACCACUCUCUCUAGAGGAAGAAGAGUAUAAACAUUGGCUUGACGCGCCGUUUUCACGUGGAGGGCUGCAGGUCCUGCAGCCACAGAACCCCUUCGAGGAGGAGAAGGGAGAAAGCAGGACACCAAGCUCUUGCACAACCACUCCAGGUGCGACCCCUACCACUGAAUCCAAAGCGCCCCCUCAACGUCUCGACAAGGAGACCUUCUUUGAGCGAGAGCAGGCACAGUUUGAUAUCGCCCGGCCAUUCCUGGUGGCGCUGUCGGAGAGUCGAGUCCAGGAUGAUCACGUCAAGAUGUUUCUGUCGUUUGUCGAUCGUUAUAACAAGGCGCACCACCUUGUAACUCCGAUUAGCUUCCCACCAGACCACCCUGUAGAAGAAGUAGGGCGGCUCCUGAUGGCUGUCCUUCUCAAACACAACGACCUUGGCCACGUGGCCUUUAGUAUUGUAGAACAUGGGAUGGAGGAACCUCACCAGAUGUCAGGACUUCCACGCGCCAUCGCUGAAGUCUGCAGGAUCGUAUGCCAAGUCAAGAGAAGCCUCAUCAAGGUUCACCAAGACUUGAGCCGGUCCUACAAGGAGGUCUGUGCCCCUGUGAUCGAACGCUGCCAUUUCCUUUUCAACGAGUUGCGCCCAUCAACGGGAAGCGAGGUUCAGGCGAUGUCCUAUUCGAAACUUCUCAAAAGCUCUCCGCGAUGGAAGGCUGUGGUCAGGAAAGUUAUGGCAGACAAACAGAAAUCGAAGCGUCCCCCUAGCAUCCUGAUCGAGGAUAUCAAGGUUGCUGAUGGUGCAAUAGGGGGCGCUGACACAGACGAAGAAGCCAAACUCGAGGAGAUCAUGUUGGAGUUAGACCAGGAGCAGACGGUCGCAAAGAAGGAGCAAGACUUGCAGAAACCUGUGGUGAAGAAAUCUGGUGAUUCGUGGGAUCCCAUCGUCAGCACGGUGCUGAGUCGGAAGAAGUUCUCGUGGCUUAAACAGCGUCUGACAGGAGCAUCAUGGGAUGUGACCUUGACCAAUAAGAUCGUUGACUUCGUACUUUAUGAACACCCGGUCGACAUCGAGAAACUUCGGAAAUCUCUGCAUCAUCAGGUUGGUCGAGCAGAGCUGCGACUUCGAGGCAUUCAGAACAUUCUGACACUCCUCCACAAGAACCACCUGAUACCAUCUGUGCGUUACGCUCUCCUCUGUGGGUGGCAGAACUUGCUCCGAGUCGGAAAACACGCCAGGGAGCCUCUGCCUCAUUGCCUCUCCAACGUCAACCUGAUUCCUCCUUGUGACCGCGUCCUCCUUGAAAUGACCUUCUCCGAGUUGAUACGCUGGGCAGUGAUGACCUUACGGAAAGGUGUCGUCGAGGCCGAUAUGUUCUUCCGUACGCGUGGAAUCCACCCGAACAAUCCGAAUGAUAACAACAAUAAGGUAAAAGAGGGCAUCAGCAUCGGUCUGUUACCGUCUGCUCGUUUCCUGCUCUCGGCGAUCGGAAUCCUGACCAAUGAGCACCAAUCAAAUGGAGUCGGCCUCCUUCUGAACUCGUGCAUUCUGGCGCUGACGCAAACCAUCCUCCGAUUGACGGGGUCCGACCCCGACAGCGUCCAUCAGGAUAUCAGUACGGAGAUGUCGGCCAUUUUGGAAGAACCGCGGCCAAAGAAACAGCCACAGGCUGCACCGGUGACUGGAGCCGAACUUGCUGCGCUGAUGAAAAUUGGAACCAGGGUGGUACGUGGUGUGGACUGGAAGUGGGCUGACCAGGAUGGGCCGCCCCCCAGCAUGGGAACUGUGAUUGGUGAACUUGGUGAGGAUGGUUGGAUACGUGUCCAGUGGGAUACUGGCAGUACCAACUCGUACCGGAUGGGCAAGGAGGGAAAAUACGACCUGAAGUUGGCCGAGCCGCCGGUGAUGCCAGACAAUGAGGAUGAGGAGGAGGAUGACUUCGAGACAACAAUGACAGAAACCUAUAAGACAGAGAGCCGCCACCCGACGCCCUUAGUGCGCAGAUCCACGCUACAGUUCCUGCGCCUCAUCGCCAUAAGUACGAGCAUCCACUCGGAAGAUAUCCAGAGAGAGGCUGUGGGCACGAUGUGCGGCCAGCUGCGCAAUAUUGUCGAAUGUGGCUGCAUGGACAACACAGAUAAAGAGUCAUUCUCGAACAUGAUAGCCCGAGAGCAGCAUUAUACUUGGGCUAAUCUUGGCUUCAUCCAGAGCCUCGCAUCGAAUAAACGAUUCAGCCAGGGCCUGAGUACAGACAAAUGGGUGGAACUCUUACUGAAGAUUGUCGGCGACUGCAAGGACUCCUCGGCACUGGUUCUGUCCAGACAGAUUCUUGCGUUGCGUCUGCUUCGCACGGUGCUGCCCUCUUGGGAGUAUAAGACAGACAAAACACACAUGAAACGCUUCGUUCAGAAGUUGGCGAGUCACCUGGGUCAUAUCUUCAUGUCGUGCAGUUCGGACCCAACUCUGUUAGGACUGGAUGUGUACAGAAUGAGCCACCGACGACGUGCCCCUGUCUCCCUAACUGCCACAUACUCCAGCACUCUGGCCGAAGAGCUAGUCGCCUGUGCAAGGAAGCUGCACUCAUUGGACGGCUGGAAUUGCAUCAUCAAUGAAUUCAUCAACACCAAGCUGGGGACUGUGUCCGAUCUUGUUGUUGAGAAACCAAGGUUAUUGCAGAUUGGCGGCCAUAGCACUGAGUCCCGAGAACAAGUCAUGGCCGCCCUGGCGAUAAUAGGCGGUGUCGACACACGGCCACGUCUUGGCGGUCUGGUGACCCAUGAGGAUUAUGGUGUGGGGACCGUCUCGAAGAUUAUGCAGAGCGGCAAGAUAACCGUUCAGUUCUUUGACUUGAAUGAGAUGAGGGUCUGUAGGCUGUCAGAGCUAGUGGCAUUGCCCGUGACCAGUUUCUGUGUGGAGAAGAUGCCACUGUCGGAGAAUGUACUGGCCACCUGGUCCACACUGGUCACCCUGGCUGGAGCCGGGUUCAGGUCCGAUGGCACCCAGGGGAGGAGGGGUUCGGUUGUGCUGGGCCCUGAGGCCAUGCCAGCAGAUCAAAUCAACCUCUCUUACCUGCACAAACAACAGAUGAGAAUCAGCCUCCUGAAAGCUGCCAGAGUGUUAUUCAGUCGCCAAGACAACCUACGCCAGAUCCUGACACAGGUGGCGUUCUACGGGCUGGAGCCAAUGCCCACAUCGACCGAGCUGUUGACGGGCAGUCUGACCGAGGAGGAAGCGGUGCCCGAACCGCCCGUGCCCACGCUGCUCAUGCAGCAACUCAUGCAGGCGGCAACGCAACCGUCGCCGGUCAAGGCCAUAUUUUCUCGGGAAGAGUUGGAGGCUGCCGCGUUGGCCGUCUGUCAGUAUCUGACAGCAGAAGCUGGAAGACCAAGUGAAACGGUGGAUGAAGACAUGUACCAGGCCGAGUCUGGUCCCGUUCUGGAACCACUGCCUCCGACAUCUAACCAGCGCAACAUGUCAAACAGACCCCCCAAACCCAAGAAGGUGAAACCCGUGCUGCCUCCACCUCACCCGACAGUGACCCAGCUCAUUGAGAUGGGGUUCCCUAGAAAGAGGGUCGAUGUUGCUGUGAAGGAGAUUGGUGGAACUACCCCAGGUACCGACAUGCCCAGUGCGGAGGCCCUGGUCGGUUGGCUGCUCGAGCACCCUGAUUACGAAAGCGCCGACACGACGACCGAUUCUGACGACACUUCGUUUGCAGAUUCGAUGUCUGAAACAGACUCGAUGUCAAGCGACUUUGAAGAUUUAGAAGGGGCUUUCCAAGAGAUGCACAACCAGUGGGGAUCUUUCAUGAAAACAUUUGAGGUGAUGAGCCAAGAGAUCGAACCGAACUAUAAACGGCGCGGAGACUUCGUCAGCAACGAUGAUUAUGCGAUGUAUAUCCGCGAUAAUAUCCAGGUGGCGAUGAUGGUCAGAUGUUGCCGCACGUACGAGGAGGUCCAUGAAGGUGACGUGGGGAGGGUCACCAAGCUUGACCGAGAUGGCUUGCAUGACCUCAACAUCCAGGCUGAGUGGAGUCGUAAGGGCGGCACCUACUGGGUCAGAUACGUCCAUGUGGAACUGCUCGGGUUCUCAUCACCGCAGGAGCCGAUAAGUCACGGCCCACCUAUCAAAAUCGGCGAUAAAGUGCGGGUGAAACCGUCGGUGUCAACGCCUAAGUAUAAAUGGGGAUCUGUUACUCACAGGAGUGUCGGGACUGUGACAGCUUUCUCAGCAGACGGACGUGACAUCAUCGUGGACUUCCCGCAGCAGGCGCACUGGACUGGCGUCAUGUCUGAGGUGGAGCAGGUGCCAAGCACGCACCCUGGAGUAACAUGUAAUGGUUGUGACACUUUCCCUGUCAUCGGAGCUCGCUACAGGUGCAAGACGUGUCCCGUUUUCAACUACUGCGAGAAUUGCUUCCAGACGAAACGGACGCACAGGCACCCCUUCAAGAAGAUCGUUGAUCCAGGAGGUAACCCGGUGUCUGUCGGUAAACCAGGCAAACAGAAGCACAAGCAGACGCCAGUCUCCAACGGCUCAUUGAUUGAGGACUGGCACCGCUGCAUUAAACAAAUGACCGUAUCGUCGCGUGAGAACCAGGCCCAUCGCUUGAUCGAUGGCAGUGGUGGGUACUGGCAGAGCUCCGGGUCGCAAGGCAAGCACUGGAUCAGAUUGGAAGUCCAAACAGAUAUCCUGUUGAACCGCCUCUUCAUGCGAGUGGAGCCAUCCGACUCAAGCUACAUGCCGUCACUGGUCGUUGUCAGCGGUGGCGACACCUUGGCAACUGUGAAGGAACUAAAAACUAUCAACAUCGCCAUGACUGACAACAUGGUGGUGUUACUUCAGGAUAUAAAUGAGUAUUACCGCUUCAUCGAGAUUUCAAUCCGCCAAUGCAAGAGUAGUGGAAUCGACUGCAAAAUCCAUGGACUUUCAAUCCAAGGUCGUCUCCGCUCAGACGAGGACGAUAUGGCGGCAAAUUUCAUCUUCUUGGCGUCGGACAAUGAGGAGGAAGAGCGGACCCAGACGUUCAGGAAGAAGUCAAAGCCGGCCGGAACGAAGGAGAUACAGACCCAUGUGUUUGUGUGGGGGCUGAAUGAUAAGGACCAGCUGGGAGGCCCCAAGGGCUCAAAGAUCAAGAUUCCUGGCCUAAACGAUACGCUGUCGUCCCUCAAAUGUGUCCAGAUUGCUGGUGGCUCAAAGAGCCUAUUCUGUGUGACUCAAGAGGGUAAAGUUUAUGCCUGUGGUGAGGCCACCAAUGGUCGCCUUGGCCUUGGCAUCAGCACUGGCAAUGUCUCCGUGCCACGCCAGCUGACGUCUCUCAGCCAAUACAUCAUCAAGAAAGUCGCAGUGCAUUCCGGGGGCCGCCAUGCGAUGGCACUGACGGUGGAUGGGAAGGUUUUCUCGUGGGGAGAAGGCGACGAUGGGAAACUUGGACACUUUAGUCGAAUGAACUGUGAUAAGCCGCGGCUGAUAGAGGCUCUCAGGGCAAAGCGGGUGAGAGACAUUGCGUGCGGUAGCUCUCACAGCGCGGCAAUCAUAUCCAAUGGCGACCUCUAUACCUGGGGACUGGGCGAAUACGGCCGAUUAGGGCAUGGUGAUAAUACCACGCAGCUGAGGCCGAAACAGGUGAAAGCUUUAGCCGGCCAGCGGGUGGUCCAGAUCGCCUGUGGAAGCCGUGACGCUCAGACAUUAGCCCUGACGGAUGAAGGUAUCGUGUUCUCUUGGGGUGAUGGCGACUUUGGGAAGCUCGGCCGCGGAGGCAGUGAGGGCUGUAGCGUACCUCAUGCCGUGGAGAGAUUGAAUGGCUUGGGCGUCUGCCAGAUUGAGUGCGGUGCGCAGUUUUCAUUGGCAUUGACGAAAUCUGGACAAGUUUGGACCUGGGGUAAGGGUGAUUACUUCCGGCUAGGUCACGGGACGGAUGCCCAUGUACGGAAACCCCAGCAAGUGGAGAGCUUGAAGGGGAAGAAGAUUGUCCAUGUUGCCGUCGGGGCACUGCAUUGUCUGGCUGUGACGGACACCGGACAGGUCUAUGCCUGGGGAGACAAUGACCACGGCCAACAAGGAAACGGAACGACUGCCGUCAACCGUAAACCAGCAUUGGUGCACAACCUGGAAGGGUAUAAGAUCACAAAAGUGGCGUGCGGGUCAUCUCACAGCAUCUGCUGGGCUACGACAGAUCUCUCCACCCCGGCUACUCAUGAACCAGUACUCUUCUCCACUCUGAGGGACCCUCUUGGGUCUACCCUUUUAGGUAUCACUGAGCCAGUGGAGGAGGGUCCCGUCGACCCUGCCCCCAACAACAACCAGACGAAAUCCAACCGGCCGUCCCUGGCCAAGAUCAUCCUGUCGCUGGAGACGAAUGGAGACAAACAACAGGCACUGGCUCAAAUCUUGACUGCCUUACAGAUCAUAUACGCCAGAGAUGCUGUCGUCAAAUCUCUGAUGAAGGAGCCCGAUAACGUCCCUGUCACCGAAACAACGAAACUAUACACAGUCACGCCAACUAGCGUAACGCCAUUGGUCAGCCCUGCUGAUAGCCCGCGUGGGCCACCGACGGGCCUCGUUCUGGAGGAAGUGACCGUGUCGAUAACGGAGACUGCCAUGGCAGAGAUGACCAGCAGCGGCCAUGACUCGAUGCAUUCGUUCCACGAUCUUGCCAAGGCAUCGCCAGCGACUAGUAUUGUGGCGGAGACGAUAACGUCAGCAGAGCAGGUGACGAGCACGAAGGAAGGAGACCCGCCCUCGUACAAUACCGACCUUGAUGACUUCACCAAGAUGCUGACAGCAGACGACGCACGCGUACUUGUUGACCUCUUGAAGUUAGCUGUGGCCGGUAGAGCCGGGGAAGUAGGACGACAGGCGAUCUCUAAUGUUCUCACAGCUCUUGGGAAGACUUUCCCACAGGUUGCUGAGAUGUUACUUGAACUGUGCGUGACGGAACUUGAAGAUGUUGCCGUUGACAACGAAUCAGUGCGCUGCUCGGCCCAUCCGAGCGUUCAGGAGAGCCCGCAUCCAUACACAGACGACACAUCGCUCAGCGGCCAUGUUAGGAUUCCUGGGGCCGAGGGUUUGCGCGUUGAAUUCGACCAUCAGUGCUCGACGGAGCGAAGACAUGACCCGCUUACUAUCAUGGACGCGUCUGGGAGAACUGUCUCCAUAAGAUCAGGUCGAGAAUGGUCUGACUGGUCCCAAGAACUCCGGCUCACUGGUGAUGAGCUCAAGUGGAAAUUCACCAGCGACGGCUCCGUGAACGGCUGGGGCUGGCGAUUCACCGUCUAUCCCAUAAUGCCCGCCGCUGCCCCGAUGGACAUGCUUAGUGACAGGACGGUGUUGUCACGACCUUCGAUCGAGCUGGUCAUGUGCUUGUUGGACUUUAGACUCGAGGUGUCGUCGGAUCGUAAUAUUAUGCCGAGAUUAGCGGCAGCACUUGCGUCGUGUGCUCAACUCAGCUCAUUAGGUGCAAGCCAGCGGAUGUGGGCACUUCAGAAGCUGCGGUCUUUGAUCUCGACCAACUUUGGUGCCGGUCUUGAUAUCAGUGCCCUGUUGUCCAGCCCGGCCGCAGAAAGCCCUGAACCUGAGUUACCUAGAUCUCCUUCUUUAGCAUUUAAUGACACUGCCCUCGCCUCCCUCGUCAAGAGUCUCCCCGAUGCCCUGCAACGCCAGUACGAGUACGAAGACCCCAUCGUUCGCAGCGGGAAACACCUCAUGCACAGUCCAUUCUUUAAAGUCCUCGUGGCACUGGCGUGCGAUCUGUGCUUAGAUUGUCUACCGACGUGUCAAGAGGCUCAUAAGUGGGCGUGGUUUCGGCGGUAUUGCAUGGCGGCACGCGUCUCCGUGUCCUUGGAGAAGCGGACAGCGCCCCCGCCGGCAUUCACCGGCGAGGUCAUGAAGAAGGUCAUGGAGAUAUCGGCAGACGGAGAGGAGCUGAAUCAAGAUCAUAACAAUCAUGAUAUUUAUCACCAGGAGCAGGAUGAGCAGUUACUCAUCUGGCUCAAUAGACAACCGGAUGACUGGACGCUGUCUUGGGGAGGCAGUGGCCAGAUCUGGGGCUGGGGCCACAACCACCGUGGACAGUUGGGCGGUGUGGAAGGGGCCAAGGUUAAGCUGCCAGUUAGCUGUGAGGCGCUGGCCGGGAUGCGCCCGGUCCAGCUGGCUGGAGGCGAGCAGACGUUGUUUGCAGUCACUGGAGAUGGAAAGAUCUACGCCACAGGUUACGGUGCAGGUGGCCGGCUUGGUAUCGGUGGAAUGGACUCGGUGGCAACACCUACCCUCCUGGAAUCAAUCCAACACGUCUUCAUAAAGAAAGUGGCCGUCAACUCUGGCGGGAAACACUGCCUGGCGCUGUCAGCCGAGGGCGAGGUUUACUCCUGGGGCGAGGCUGAGGAUGGGAAGUUAGGACACGGGAACAGGAGUCCUUGCGAUCGCCCUCGGGUGAUUGAGGGGCUCCAGGGGAAAGAUGUCGUUGAUAUUGCCGCAGGUGGCGCCCACAGCGCCGCUUUAACGGCCAACGGGGAGCUGUACACGUGGGGGAAGGGAAGAUAUGGACGGCUAGGCCACGGCGAUAGUGAGGAUCAGUCUAAACCUAAAAUGGUUGAAGCAUUAAAGGGUCAUCGCGUGAUUGACGUGGCUUGUGGUAGUGGUGACGCGCAGACGCUGUGUCUGACCGAUGACGACACGGCUUGGUCAUGGGGGGAUGGCGACUACGGAAAGCUUGGUCGAGGGGGAAGUGAUGGCUGCAAAGUCCCCUCCAAGAUCGACUCCCUGCAAGGCGUGGGGGUCUGCAAGGUCGAGUGUGGCUCCCAGUUCUCUGUUGCCUUGACAAAGUCGGGUGCAGUCUACACGUGGGGGAAGGGCGACUACCACCGCCUGGGUCAUGGGACUGACGACCACGUGAGACGACCGAGGCGGGUGACGGCCCUGGCUGGGAAGAAGGUUGUCCAGAUCGCUUGCGGGUCGCUGCACUGUGUCGCUUGCACUGACACUGGUGAAGUGUUUACAUGGGGCGAUAAUGAUGAGGGGCAGCUUGGAGAUGGGACAACUAAUGCCAUACAGAGGCCAAGGCUUGUGGCAGCAUUACAAGGGAAAAAGAUCACUCAUGUUGCCUGUGGCUCAGCGCACAGUCUGUCGUGGUCGACUAACAAGCCUGUCAAUGCCGGUAAAGUGCCUACCAUUGUCCCAAUGGAGUACAACCACCUACAGCACAUAGAGAUACCAGUUUUACGCAACAGACUCGUCUUCCUGCAUCAUUUCUCCGACCUGUUCUGCCCAUCGAUACCGAUGUUUGACCUCGGCGAUGACAUCACAAACCGCCUCCAGAUGGACACGCCAACUGGCGCUGACUUGUUAAGGGGAGUCCUGGUGUCGUCUGCCAAGGAAGCGGCAUUCAGGAAAGUCAUCCAGGCGACUAUGAUACGAGACCGCCAGCACGGGCCUGUGAUUGAGUUGAACAGGAUCCAAGUGAAGAGAUCACGUCACAAGGGAGGAUUAGCCGGCCCCGAUGGCACCAAGUCUGUCUUCGGUCAGAUCUGUGCCAAGAUGUCGGUGUUCGGGAGUGACAGUCUUAUGUUGCCGCAUAGGGUUUGGAAAGUGAAAUUUAUUGGUGAGAGUGUCGACGAUUGUGGUGGAGGCUAUAGCGAAUCGAUUGCCGAGAUGUGCGAUGAGCUACAGAACGGCUCCCUGCCGCUCCUGAUCGUGACGCCAAACGGCCGAGAUGAGUCGGGUGCCAACAGGGAUUGUUUCUUGCUGAAUCCUACCCAGAGGUCGCCGCUGCAUCAGAACAUGUUCAGGUUUUUAGGUAUCCUGCUUGGCAUUGCGAUCAGAACUGGUAGUCCGUUGAGUUUGAACCUGGCUGAACCAGUAUGGAAGCAGCUGGCUGGUAUGCCCAUUAGCGUGGGGGAUCUCACCGAGGUCGACAAGGAUUAUGUUCCUGGUCUGAUGUGCAUCAAGGACAUGGACGACGAGGCACUCGCUCAGGCCGACAUGCCGUUCAGUACGCCAAGUGCUGCGAGCCACGAAGUUCAACUGUCAUCGAAAUAUGUCAAGAUCAUUCCAGAGAAUCGAAGUGAAUACAUCCGACAAGCUCUGAACUACAGGUUACACGAAUUUGACGAUCAAGUGCGAUGGGUGCGUGAGGGCAUGACUCGAGUUGUCCCGGUGCCUCUCCUCUCCCUAUUCACCGGCUACGAACUUGAGACCAUGGUCUGCGGCAGCCCAGACAUCCCGCUAAGUCUCCUGAAAUCGGUUGCUACGUACAAGGGGAUUGACGCUGCAUCACCGCUGGUCCAGUGGUUCUGGGACGUGAUGGAAGACUUCAGUAAUUCAGAAAGAUCGCUGUUCUUGAGGUUCGUCUGGGGAAGGACGAGGCUGCCUCGGACGAUUGCUGAUUUUAGAGGAAGGGAUUUUGUCCUUCAGGUGUUGGACAAGUACAACCCACCAGAUCACUUCCUCCCAGAGAGCUACACGUGCUUCUUCCUCCUGAAGAUGCCGCGGUACUCGUGCAAGGAGGUCCUUCGCGAGAAGCUCAAAUAUGCCAUACAUUUCUGUAAAUCGAUCGACACCGACGAUUACGCGCGGAUCGCGUUGAGCGGCGACCCGAUUGAAGAGGACACGACGGCUGAGGAUAGUGAGAGUGACAUUCCGUGCCUGCAGUCCUCCACGGACGGAGAAAUCGAUGACUCUGAUGAUUUGUAGAUUGCGACGAGUUGUGUUUUAAGCCUUUUCAUGACUUUUUAAAGGAUUUAUUCAGAUUAUAGGGAAGCUAAAUGAACUGUUGAGGUCAGCGUAGAGCUGGACUUGAAAGGAAAGAAGUCUCUAGUUUUGGGGUGUCCGCCAUGAAUGAGAGAAUUUGAUGUUGGAUUAUUGUCAAGUUAAGUGCUUAACCUCUUCAUAAAAGCUUUCAAUAUUCUCAUUGGGUGUUGUACAAUGCAUUUUCAACAGAAUUGUAUAAUUUCGGUGAAUUACGUUAUUAAGGGAGUCAGUGGAGUCACUUUUACACUGAUGGAGAUAUGCAGUGGUCAACGCAGGUCCUAGCAACCAAUAUCAAAGCCGACAAUUACCGGUUUUACCCGCAGAAGAGAGAGCCUUUUGUGAUUAUAAUCACAGGCACCUGCAUGGCACUUUAGGGAGCAUCUCAGAAUUACUUGAUGGCAAGAUAGAUGAAUAUUUUUCAGCUGGGGACAAGGGUCAGGAUUUAUUGUUCUAGAUCUGGUUACUUCACGAAGCAGAUAACGUGUCAAAAAACGAAUGGUUGUGUCACUUCCUGAUUGUUGUUUCAUCAUAAUGGCCUUGACUUUGAAAGCUCAGAUUGUUCUAAAAUUAGGAAAAUUAAUGAUUUUAAGAUAGUUCAGUUAAAAGUAUGUAUCAGAUGGCGAUUUUUGUUUUGCUUGAGCCUGUUUACAUUCUGUAUAAAUAAGAUUAUUUAUGUCUGUGCUAGUGUAAUGUUUUUUUGUCAUUGCUUGCUGCAGUGCGAUGUGAUAAUAAAAUGUCGAGAGAAUUUGUAA